UGAAGAUUGAAGAAACAUUCAGAAUCAAACAUGAAGAUACUGAGGAACUAACAGACCUAAUGGCAUUGAAAGAGGAGAGGGAAGUACUUAAUGAAAUUGAGGAGAAAGAUCAGUGUGAGAAUCUUCAUGACUUCAUAACUGGAGAAAAAUCUUUUUGUUCCUUACAGUCUGGAAAGACCUCCACACGAAAAAGAGCUCAAAAGACAGGCACUAUGAGUUAUUUCACUUGCUUUCAAUGUGGAAAGAGUUUCUGUCAACAAGGAAACCUAAACAGGCACAAGAGAAUUCACAAUAGAGAGAAGCCUAACAGAUCCCCUCAGUGUGGAAAGAGUUCAAAUCAAAAUGGAAACCUUGAUGUCCACAGGCAAAUUCACACUAUGGAUAGCCUUUUCCCUUGCCAACAGUGUGGAAAGAGUUUCACUCGUAAAGAAAGACUUGACAGGCACAUGAGAAUUCACACAGGAGAGAAGCCUUUCACCUGCAAACAGUGUGGGAAAAGUUUCAAUCAACAAGGAAACCUUGACAGGCACAUGGAAAUUCACAAUAGAGAGAAGUCUAACAAAUCCCCUCAGUGUGGAAGGAGUUCCAGUCAUAAUGGAAACCUUGAUGUCCACAGGCAAGUUCAGACUAUGGAGAGUCUUUUUCCCUGCCAACAGUGUGGAAGCAGUUUCACUCAUAAAGGAAGCCUUAACAAGCACAUGAGAGUUCACAGUGGAGAGAAGCCUAACAGUUCCCCUCAGUGUGGAAAGCGUUUGAAUCAAAAUCAAGACCUUGAUGUCCACAGGAGAAUUGACGCUAUGGAGAGACCUUUUCCCUGCCAACAGUGUGGAAGCAGUUUCACUCAUAAAGGAAGCCUUAACAAGCACAUGAGAGUUCACAGUAGAGAGAAGCCUUACACCUGCUCUCAGUGUGGAAAGAGUUUCAGACAACCAGGGAACCUUAAAAUCCACAUGAGAGUUCACACUGGAGAGAAGCCUUUCACCUGCCAAUGUUGUGGAAAAAGUUUCAGUAGACAAAAAACUCUUGAAGUCCACAUGAGAACUCAUACUGGAGAGAAGCCUUUCACCUGCAAACAGUGUGGAAAGACUUUCAGUCAACGUGUACAUCUUGAAGCUCACAUGAGAAUUCACACUGGAGAGAAGCCUUUCACCUGCAAACAGUGUGGAAAGACUUUCAGUCAACCUGGAAACCUUAGUUACCAUAUGAGAGUUCACACUGGAGAGAAGCCUUUCACCUGCAAACAGUGUGGAAAGAGUUUCAGUCAACAUGGAAUCCUUAAUUACCACAUGAGAGUUCACACUGGAGAGAAGCCCUUCAUCUGCAAAGAGUGUGUAAGGAGUUUCAGUCAACAUGGAAAUCUUAAUUAUCACAUGAGAGUUCACACUGAAAAGAAACCUACUGGAAAGAAAUGAAACCUUUACACCCACAGGCAAAUUCACACUAUGGAGAGAUUUUUUUUUUAAACCUGCCAACAGUGUGUAAACAGUCUCACUCAUAAAGGAGUUAUUAACAAUAACAUGAGAACUCAAACUGGAGAGAAGCCUUAGAUGUGCCCUCAGUGUGGAAAGAGUUUCAGUCAAAAAUAAUACCUUGAAGUCCAUAUGAAAAUUCACACUGGAGAGAAGGUGCGACCAAAAGUACCACAUGCAGAUUUACUCAAGAGGGACCUGUUUAAAUGUCAUUAGUGCGGAAUGAGUUGUACAGACAAGAAAAAACCUAGGAAUCAUGCAGGGACAUCGGAGAGAAGCCUGUCAUGUGCCAUCUCUGUGGAAAGACUUUCAGAAACAAAGCAAAUCUUGAGUUUCACAAGCUAGAUGAUGGCAUACCAUCUUCCGUAGAGCUGCUUUACAGCUGAAACGCAUCCUGAAAUAUUGACAUUGGUACCUAACUAAAUUUAAUAAAAACUGAACUGAUUCUAAUUGAAUACCUACAUUCUUUUGUAGAACUAUUUACAGCUGAAUUGAUGUCAUUUUAAACUGAUUAACAAUUAUUGAUCUGAACUGACUUGAGCUGAAUAAUGACCAUGUUGUCUUUUAGACCUGCUUUACAGCAGAUUCUGAAUUGCCUUCUGUAGUGUUUUUACUAAUCAGACACAAUUAUUUGUUAUAUUCAAAAAAUAAUCCUUAACACCCCUCACCCAACCAACAAGCCAACUAUGCCUACGAAAAUGCAACUAAUGGCACUUUUCCACUGCAUGGUACGGUUCACAUUUGGGGGUUUUUUCACUGGGUAUAGUACCUGGUAUCUGGUACUUUUUUUAGUACCACCUCGGCUGAAGUUCCAAGUGAACAGUACCAUUACCAAAAUGUGACUUGUAAACUAUGCUGAUGACUGAUUGGCCGGAGAGAAUCUCCACUACCUGCAUCACUGAACUUGCGACACAAACACAACAGAACCACUAGAUUUAAAUCAGCACAGCCAGCAAAGGAUCGAAUGCAACUGUUUUGAAUGAGCGCACCUUUCUUAACCAAAAAAUGGCUGUUUCGUUGUCUGUUGAGGAAGUAAAGACGUUCGCAGAGCAGAAGGUGCGGAGGAGCGGAUCCAGUGAGAGCUUGAUGGGGUGACGCCGAUUGACAUUUUUUUUUCAGGAGUCAUGGCAGUAGAGGCGGCGCAGUUAUAAUGACGUGAUUGAUCCCGCCUACUCUAAAGCGGCACUAAACUGCAGGGGAAAUGCAAACUGAGCUGAGUUGCAACUCUUACUACAUUUCCCAAUAGGAAAGGCACAUAAUUCCCAUAGAGAUGGACUGUUCUUUAACCCUCUGGGGUCGAAGCCCUCACUGGUGCGGUCUGUCUCAUAUUUUCUUGAUCGCCGCGAAAAGAACUAAAAAUACUCAUUAAACAGGGUGCACUCUCUGCUGUCUCGGUCUCUGUCACCUCUCUCUACAGACACGUAAAUAAAACAAUCUGAAUCUCAGCGAAUACUUGCAUCAAAGACAUGAGAAAUAUAUGUAUAGAAAGCUUGAAAUGUCUACUUUUAAAUGAAAUUGCCUCCAAAACAAAUAUUUUCUGAUAAAGUAAUCUGUAUGAAACCAAUGUGAUGUCUAGUUUUUCCCAUCUCAACUUAUCUCUAAUUAGGUCAAGCCCUCCAGUCGAUUGCGCUUUUCAAAUUCUAAACAUCCACGAAAUACAUUAUUAAAAUGAAAUUUUGAUGUUUAUCUGCUUACCCCCAGGGCAUCCAAGAUGUAGGUGACUUUGUUUCUUUAGUAGAACACAAACUACGAUCUUUUACUCAAACCACUUCAGUCUGUCAGUCAUAUAAUGUAAGUGAAUUGGAAUCACGGCUUUGAGUAAAAAAAAAACACAAAACCAAAUGAAAUCCUGCAGCUUGUGAAGAUACAUUGUGUAAAGAGACAAAACGAUCGUUCAAGAAACUGAACAGUAUUUGUAUAGUUUUUUUUUUACCUCUGAUUCAUGCAAUGUCCUUACUGUCCUAAGCGUGUCCUAAAUGCAUUCUCAACAGCAGGCGCGUGACGCAUCAUCUUCUUGCUUUACGGCGGAUCACAGACUUGUAAGUGCAUUACUGCCACCUAUCUCUCAAAUGGAAGGUUGACACUCCUGAUUGAGAUUGUAGAUAGUGUCAGUGGUCCAUUUGAGAGCCAGAUGGCGGUAAUGCAUUUUUAAGUCUGCGAUCCACCAUAAAGCAAGAAGAAGACGACGCAUCACGUGUCGGCUGAAGAAGAAGAUGUGUAAUGUGCCUGCUGUUGAGAACACGCUCAGGACAGUUCGGACAUUGCGUGAAUUUCUUGCACAGACCGAUCGUUUUGUGUCUUUACACAUCAAUGUAUCGUCACAAGCUGCAGGGUUUAAUUUGGUUUUG